AUGGAGACGAAUCCACAAGAUGCUCUAACCUGUAAAGAUAAUCAAGCGAAACCAUAUGAUCCUCUUGAGAAGAUCCCAAUGAAACCAUCUCCAACACUAAGAAAGGCCAACGAAGAUGAGCCUACUGAACAAUUACAACCUCGACAAUCUAAUUUUGAUCUAAAGCUUAAGGAUCCUGUUUUUGUAUGUUAUAAGGUCAAUCUCACGUGUACUUAUUUUGGAAGAGAUGCAUGA